GCGCCAUCAGUUGAAUCAUGCCUGAUAUUUGAGAAAGAGCAACCUAGCAAAAGAUUUGUGGCAGUGAGAAAAAGUGAUGGAGAAAAGAUCUGCUGGGCUUUUCAUAUUGAUGCUUAUUGUGUUGGUUUUGGCUUCUCAACACAUGGUGCUGCCUACAGAGGCAAGAGUUUGCCAAUCGCAGAGCCAUAAAUUCCAUGGUGCGUGCUGGGGAGAUCACAAUUGUGCAACGGUCUGCAGGACUGAAGGUUUUUCCGGUGGCAGGUGUCGCGGAUUUCGUCGCAAAUGCUUUUGUACCAGGGGCUGUUAAAACGCUGCUUCCCAUUAGACAACGUUGCAGGCUUCUUCAGGACAUGGAAUAUGAUAUAUGCAGUUCUUAAAUAAAGCGUUUUUACAUUAA